CUCCGUGGGUGUGGGUGCCAUGACACCCUUGGGGGGAAGACGGCUUAACCUCAAAGAUGGUUGAAUUCGAAGAAUUAAAGGAGGAGCCCGCGGUCAGGGAAGAGAAGCGACCGCCCAUUGACUCCGCCCGGACACACUAGUUUUCGGGGUCAUGUUCCCAGAAGACCUGUCCCCACCCCCAUCCUGGGAGGUGCUGGCCGGUCGGCAGAGGAUAAAGUGGCCCUCGGCCCUAGAGGCCCUUCAGUGUGGAGGUGUCUCUGACGAGGGAGGCCUGCUCUAGCUGUCAGCACCGAGUAUGUGGGCAUGGCUCAGACUGAACUCUCUCUUCGGCUUGACCUGUGGUCUCUUGUGGCUAUGCCCUGUGCUUGGAGGCCCUUGUCCUGACUCCCAGAAGCUCCUGAAACAACUGAAGGACAUGGCAAAGAGAGAUUUCUUCGAGGCAUUUGCAAGAAAUCAAGGCCUACACUUAGCACCUUUCCCUGAGAUCUGUAAACGGACCCCAGACUUCUUCCCCACGGAGAAGACCCUUCGGGAGUUACCUGCGGUCGCCUUCCUCCAGAAUGUCAAUGACACCCUGUACCUCCUCGAAGAGAGACUCGAGAAAAACGUCUUCAAGGACCUGGUCUCCUUCAUCAGUGGCAUCAACAACAACGUCUGCUGCCUGCUCCAGACCUUAUCUGCUGCUCCCUUGGCCUGCUCAACUCCCGAGAGCAAAGGGACCGUGUCCACCCCAGACAAGGGGUCUCUCCGUUGGAAGACAGAGAGGUGCCAGAUGAUAUGGGGGUACCAGCGUUUCAUGCAGGCUGUGGAACGGGUGCUGGAAACCUGGCCUCCCAGCCCCAGGCGGAGCAAUCGGAAUAGCCGUUCUCUUCUCAGGGCCCUGCUUGAGCAGAGGAAGCCAGGGAGGGCUGGCUGAUGUGAGCCUACAUUGGUCUCCAGGAAGUGGUACCAGACUGCUGGAGGAGGAGAUGGUGGUCCCAGUGGGCCACCUGCUUCUCCACUCACGGAUCUGCUGGUUCCCACUUGGGGCUUGGAGAUGGUGCACUUUAAUGGGAAGAGGGCAGCUUUUGGCUAUCUCUCCAAACAGGGACUGAUGCAGAACUCUCAUUGGGCUGAACUCCCUUCUGCCCUCCCGGCCCCCCUCCUCCAGCAACCUUCUCUAUUCCCCAAGGGCUGCCCACUUGGGUCACGGGGCGGCCACAGCUCAGUGCCCCGUGACUCUUUCUGAAUCAGAGCCAGCUUUCCAUUGAUUCAGGGGUCUGAUGAUAAGCCUUGACUCAGGGCCCAGUGCCUGACUUGUCCUUCCCCCUUUAGCCUCCCUCCUGGGGGCUUUAGUUCAGUCCUUCUGCUCUGACUCUGGCCUCCCCCCUCCUCCCCAGCCCCCAAGAAGUCCUCCUUUUUCCAGGGCUGGAGUGUAUGGUUUGGGCAUGGGAGGAGACCAGUAGGGGCCUCAAGCUAAAGGGCUGGCCCUCCCUGCUCUCCUCUUCUUAGCCUCCCACAGAUACUGGGUCACCCACUGUGGACAUACGGCCACUGGGGCCCACUUACGAUGUCUCCCCGGGCUCAAAAGAAAUAUUGUCCCUGACACAAAGCAUCCCAAGAUGCUUUGGGGAUGAGCUGCUGCUGCCCCCCCACCCCAAGAGCUCCCCAUCUCCGCCCAUCCCCGAGGACACAGAGAAUAUAAUUUAUUGAGUUUCUAUUUAUAUUUAUUUAUUAGCUAUGUAUUUAACAGUAUGACAUUGGUAUAUGGAUAUAUUUAAAAUUCAGCUAU